AUGGCUUUACGUAUCAGAUUGACACUACUGGUGUUGGUGGUGCAUGCAUCCAAGCCUUCUGCCACACAUACGUGGUGGGAUAGAUCGAUGGAUGGGCCAACAUGUAAAGAGCCUGGGACUUGUAGCGAAAAAGACAAGACUUGUGAAUGCUACCUCACAAUAGAACACAGACUUACGCUGAUGACGUUACCAAAUCCCGUUCUUGUGUGGCCAAAAAAUGGCAAUCUUUAUCGUUUCGAUGAUGAAAGUGGAAGCUCCCCUCUACCAGCUAACAGAACACAAAACGUUAUAACUGCAGAUGGUUUUGGUUCUCGAUUAGUAAUAACUGUAAAUGGUUUGUUUCCAGGCCCUUCAAUAGUCGCUCAUGAGAAUCAGGAUAUAAUUGUUCAUGUCCGAAAUCUUAUGCAUACAGAUUCGACAACAAUCCACUGGCAUGGAAUACAUCAACUCAAUACUGCAUACUCUGAUGGAGUGGCAUUUAUAACUCAGUGUCCGAUACUACCAGGUCAAAACUAUACUUACAGAUUUAAAGCGAAACCUCAUGGAACCCAUUUCUACCACGCUCAUAUUGGAGAUCAGCGAAGCAUGGGACUCUAUGGUGCGCUAAUUAUAUAUCCUGAAAAUAAAUUUCUCUCCCAGCCGCAAGUGGGAUUCACUGUGCUUUUACAAGACUGGAACCAUAAUGAUGACCCGGAGACUCUAUACCAGCGUAUGCUCAAUGGUGUUUAUGAUCCUGGCACAAGAAAAUUAAUUCCGACGACAUUUUCUGUGGAUGGUGCCAAUUUUAGCCGAUUUCAUUUUCAUUCCGGAUUGAUUAAUGGGAUGGGUCGUUUUUAUGAUACUUCAUCAACAAGCAAUGGAUCACCUUUACAAGUUUUUGAAGUAGAUCAAAUGAAAACCUAUAGAUUUCGUGUAAUAAGUGCAGCAACACUUUAUCCCUUUCGCGUAUACAUUGAAGGCCAUCCCGAAUUAACUAUACGAGCUUCCGAUGGAUUUGAGAUUGUUGAAGGGGUGGGAAAACAAAGUAAAGAUCUUGUUGUUGAAUCGUUUAUCAUUCAUCCAGGGGAGCGAUUCGAUUUUACUGUACGAACAUCGAAAGAACCUGACACCUACCUCUUCGUAGCCGAAAGUCUUGAGGUAUUGGAUCCUUCCCUCAACGAAUAUCAUGCUGCCGAGGCAAUCAUUCAUUAUAAAGGCUCUCCAUUUAAAUAUCCUUCAAAGGCAACUCCAAUUACUUGUUCGUCACAGAAACCUUGCUACACAUUUAAUUGUCCUUAUUUGUAUUAUCCUGCAGAAUCAUUUAGAUAUUGCAUGAAUUUUGAUGACGUUUACAGCAAUGAACCAUCAUCUGAUUCCACGGAAAUACAGAAUGUUUCAGAAACCUUAUUUUUCAAUUUUGCGUUUCCUGGGGAUCAUGGUUAUACACCGGGUUCGGUUAAUGGACAUGAGUUUGAAUUUCCCAGUGAACCAGUUUUGUACAGAUUUUCAAAUAUACAAUCAAGUUGCGAAAAUGCUAAUUGCGGGAUUGACAGCAUAUGUAAGUGCACGUAUUAUGAAAAACUGGAUAAAGGAAAAGCUUAUCAAUUUGUUUUAACGAAUAUAGGUAACGGAAAAGGUUGGUCACAUCCAGUGCAUUUGCAUGGUCAUUAUUUUUACGUUGUCAAGAUGGGAUUUGGUUCUUAUGAUCGAACAUCGGCAAAGUUUAUCUCAGAAACAAAUGAUAUCCAAUGUCAAGGAAAGAGCAACAAUAGCUUCUGCAAUGCUGAAAUUUGGAGAAACAAAUCAUGGAACAAUGCUGAUUCUAUUCCCGGUCUAAAAAUGCAAUACCAACCACAAAAAGACACGAUAAUUGUUCCAACAGGCGGGUAUGUUAUUGUCCGAUUCAAGGCCAGUAACCCUGGGCCAUGGUUUUUUCACUGUCAUAUUGAUCUACAUAAUACUAACGGAAUGGGCAUGAUUCUGUCAGUACCGUCUAACUCAACUGGUGCUCCAAAUUUUCCAGAACCUUCACAUGGUUAUACAUCGUGUUGGUUAAAUGAAAUAAAAAACGAACAAUCAAAUGGUGGUGAGUAUUACCAAAGCUACAUUAUAAAAUUCAAGUGA